AUGUAUGGGUCUGGGUUUUUCUUAUCAAGAGUGGAGAACCACAUUGCAAGAAAGCCAAUUAGAUUCACCAAAAGACAACAAGAAGGUAAAUCAGUAACAACCGCUGCUGAUUCUUCUACCACUACAUCUGCUACCUCUGACUCAACAACAGUUCCGGAUAUCCUCAAAAAUGAUGUAGUCGAAUUUUCACCAGAUCAUGCAUUUUAUAUUAAUCCACUCUUAUCAUCAGGUCAUACUCAAACUGCUUAUUCGGCUAUCAACAAAUUUGACAAAGUUCAUCAAGUGCAUUACAAGAGGCAAAUUUUAACUAUUGAAGAUAAACCUUAUACUUUAUCAACUGGUGAAAAAUUGAAGUAUGAUCAAUGGAAAGGACAGUCAACCAUUGCUAUUGAUUAUGCCGUAAAUGCAAACAAAUUCCAGCAUGAUCCCAAUCAUUUACAAUAUAAACCAUCACAUCAAAGUGAUAGGUUACCUCCAAGAACUGAGUUUAAGAAUCCCGACCAAGAAUUGGUUGAUGAUUCUAAUGAUAAACCAUUGGUGAUUGCAUUACAUGGAUUAUCAGGCGGUUCAUAUGAAGCUUAUAUUAGAGCAGUUAUGGAAAAAGCAGUUGAUGAUCCAUACAAUUUUGACGCUAUUGUUUUAAAUUCUCGUGGAUGUGCUUGGCAUACAAUCACUAGUCCACAAUUAUACAAUGGAUUGUGGACAAAUGAUUUAAGAUACUUUAUUAAUGAAUUUGUCACUAAAAAAUGGCCAAACAAACGGAUUUAUUUAAUGGGAUUCUCCUUAGGAGGAGCUAUAUUGGCCAAUUACUUGGGACAAGAAGCUGAUGCGGUAUCUCCACAAAUUAAAGGAGCAGCAAUGUUUGGUACACCAUGGGAUUUUCCAGAUGGGGCAUAUCAUUUAAGAGAUAGUAUUGUUGGACAUAAAGUAUAUUCACCAACAAUGUGUCAAAACUUGUUGAAAUUAUUGACUCGUCAAGGUGAUUUAAUGAGUCAAUCACAUGAUGUAAUUAAACAAUACAAACAAGAUCCAACUAAAUUUCAACUCAAGUUUUUGAAAGAUUUCGAUGAUUAUUUUACUAGUCGAUUAUUUGGGUUAAAUUCAGCAAAUGAAUAUUAUCGUUUAGCAUCUCCCAUACAAAGAUUAAUGAAAAUUAGAGUCCCUACUUUGAUUAUAAGCUCUAAAGAUGAUCCAAUCACGGGUUCUAGAUCAUUACCUUAUUCAGAAACUGAAUUGAAUCCAUAUGUUACCAUGGUCACGACAACAAUUGGAGGUCAUUUAGGUUGGUUUACUUGGAACGGAGGUAGAUGGUACACAUCCCCAAUAUGCCAAUUUUUCAAUGAAUUGGAUAAAUGGGAUGUUGACGAAAGCAGUAUUGAUAAAAAUGUAGAUUUACCUUUUGAUAUUUCACACAGUUGGAAGUAUGAUAGGUUAGUAGAUAAUAUGUUAGUGGAGUAA